AUGCCAGCGCCCUCGACCGGGGGUGAACAUCCCCCAAACUCUGGAGGAGACUCGGUGAGAGCUGCGGAUAUGGACCUCCUCGUGUCCCAUACCGACGACGUCGGAGGUUCGAGUAAGCUCCAAGGACACGAAGCUGCGAAACCCGAACGCAUCCGAGCUCCAAGACCGUCAAUGCUCAAGUCGUUGACGCCGAAAGCCUCGUGGAAGGGGUCACUCAACGAGGACGGACCGACUGUCGUGAACAUCGUGGCCUCAGAAGUUGCAACUUUCUACGACGUCUUCGGCAUCCUCGGAGUUCCGAUGAUCAUCAUGUUCGUCGUGUCAGCUGCGUGGACGUUCAUGCUCGCCGCGAUCCAGGUCCACGCCGACUCGAUCGCGAACACUAUUAUGAACACGACGGAGUUCGAUGACGGCGAGUUCUGGCUGCUGCCGAAGCCUGACACUUCAAUUGUCGUGGCUUCCGUGGUCCUGCUCGCGUGCUUUGGUAUUGGCUACACGGCGUUGGCGGUGACGAUCAUCUUCUUUUACCGAGCGGGCGCCCCCAAAGAGGAUGAUGAUCUCUCGUUGGCGAUGGUGUUGAAGCAGAAUGGACAGAAAAACGUAAUUCAACGAGUCAUCAAGUGGCUUCGCGAGCUGCCGACCGACAUUCGAGAGCACUACUUCACCGCUGCUUUGGACAUGCCCAAGCUUGUGUUUCAGACCCUCACGUUGUAUACUUACCUCAAGAAAGGCUUUCCGACUCCGAUCAUUUACUAUUACUCCGUCUUGCUGGUUUGCAACUGGCUUGUGGCUUGCUAUCGAAGUCAGCGUUACGUUGCCGACCCAGAUCUCAUCAUCGCGCGACUCUACUACACCUUUGACUUAUUCUUUGCAGUGUUUGCGCCCUUGGUGGUGCUUAUCUACUACAUCAACUCGUUCAGCUUCGACCGAGAUGAAUUCAUGACAAGAAUCGAGACUCUCAGCCCCGGCUCGUUUGAUGAUAUCGCUCGGAUAUUCGGAGAUCCGUCGCAGAUUUCGAGUUUCUGCAGUGCAUUCCACUACUUGCAGUUCUCGUCGGGAUCGUCACUCUUUUACAAGUCGGCACUUAAUCUUUUAUCGCUGUACAAGUGGCACAAGAUCAUCAAGACUCUCAUCCACAACUACCACGAGCGACAAGCUGAACGGAAGCGGAAGGCUUCCAUUAAACCAGCCACGCGUGAGUCUCGUUCUGGGAGUAUCACUGCAGCAAUUACCAAAAGAUUAUCGGAGACGCUGACGAAGCCGAAGUUUGGGAAGCAUUUCGUGCCAAAGUUGCUGCUGUCGCUCGUCUUUUUAGUUGCUGGAAUUUCCAACUUCGUCUACUCGGUCGGAUCCGUUGUCUCCACUACAGAAUUGUGUAGUAAGUUUGACAAGUGCGUGCUUGCGAGCUACCAGUGGAAUUUUGGCGAGCAGCACUGCACUUGCCUCGUGUUUGCGGACCGACAAAUAUCCCCGAAAAAUUAUGAAGAGUGGAUUAAUCCCGAGGACACGACGUCUAAACUGGCAGAGCUGGCUGUGGCUGGAGAGCUCCGCAUCGUCCAAAUUAUCAAUCGUGCUGUUCCAGAACUUCCGGAAGAGCUCAAGGCGUGUCGUUACAUGGAGCAGCUGAUCUUGGCUUACACUAAAACUCAGCAUUUGCCGGAAUGGAUGUCGGAGUUCUCCCACUUAGAAUACCUCCACGUUGAGGGAGAUUAUACUGAUCGACGACUAAAUUCGGUGGCCGACGGCAUAUUCGACACAAUGUCACAUCUCACAUUCAUCCACUUGGGGGUCCACCCAAACUUGGAGAAAUUGCCGUCCUUCUCUUCACUGAAGAAUCUUCGCUACUUGGCACUGGCGGUCAUGGACUCUUUGAUUGAGAUACCGAGCUUCGAAGGUCUGUCGGAGCUUGGUGACAUCAUCAUCGCUCAUAUUCCUCGUGCUUCAAGGCUGCCUUCGCUCGAACCUUUAGACAGCCUGAGAUCCAUAGUGGUGAAUAGCCGGAGUGCCAUGUGCUGCAAUGGCUACUUCACUGGCACGUGCAACAUGACCGAGUCUCAGUGUCUGCCGAUUGUUGGAGAGAAGUACCCUCUGACCUGCAGCGACGAGCGCAUUUCGACGGCUGACAAGGAGAAACUGGGAAAGAUCACGAGCGUUAUCUGCCCUCCCGGACCCCCCGUCGACAUGACGAAAGCUGGACCGACUAAAUAUUCGACCGAUGAACUCUGUGGCGGCGUCAAGUACAAGAAGUGUGAGCUUAAUGGCGUGGAAGGAAUGUGCUACAACGCUAGGAUGAUGGUCAUCCAGUGCAGCACCUCGACGGACUAUAUGAAUAUGCGCAGGCUGCAGAUAAAACGUGGGGUUGGUGACGCGUGUGACCCAGCGGUGGAAGCUUGGCUUGGUUGCACGUAA